AUGACAACCCGCCUGCAAUCCCCCCUAUACACCAUCACCCGCGCACUAUCCAGAACCAAUUCAAAGCAUCUGGUAUCCACCUAUCAAACCCAUCUAUAUCGGACCCAAACACAGAGACAAAAAGCCCGCUCAUUCUCCGCAACCUCAUCGCCAAAAAUGUCCGCGCUCAUAGAUCUAGCCAAGAACAGGCGCACGAUUUACAAGCUCGGCAAGAAAAGUCCAGUCCCAGACUCCAAAAUCGAGGAACUUGUGAAUGCCGCCAUUCUGCACGUCCCCAGUGCAUUCAAUACCCAAUCUACACGCCUAGUCGUGCUCCUACAUGACCAGCAUGAUAGACUGUGGGAUAUCGCCAUUGAGGCGUUCGAAGGUCUUGUUAAGGGGGGUAAAAUUUCGCAAGAGAUGUGGGAGAAGCAGACUUUGCCCAAGUUGCUUGGUUUUAAGGGAGCGUAUGGAACGGUCCUGUUCUACGAAGACCCAGCACACAUCAAGCCCAUGCAGGAGAAAUUUGCUACAUACAAGGAUAAUUUCCUACCGUGGGCAGACCACUCCAAUGCUAUGCAUCAGUACUUCCUCUGGACGGGCCUUGAGGCGCUCGGCUUCGGUGCAAACUUGCAGCACUAUAGCCCACUCAUUGACGGCAGUGUUGCCAAACAGUGGAAUCUACCCAGUGAAUGGCGAAAUGUUGCUCAAUUGGUCUUUGGGAGUCCUGAAGAUGAUGCUGGGGAGAAGGCGCAAAAGCCUGUUGAGGAGAGGGUCAAAAUCUUCGGGAAGCUGUAG